GUUUUACAUGCUUUUCUUUCAGGCUUUCGAUAACCCUAAUAAGAUUAUCAAGAUUCUGUAAGUAGCAAAGAUAUUGUCUGCCUUGCAUUAUUAUCCUAUUCUGUGCCUCCUUAAAGAUUAAUUGUGAAAAUGGACAUGACAACUUAUGUUCCCAAUAGCUCAAAUGAUAAAAAACAUGAAAAGUCAAAAGAAUCAACUGAAGACACAGGCAGUGAAAAAUGUCUUCAAAGCAAUUGUAAAGAUAUGCUAAAUUCGAAAUUGAAAUUUUUUGGUAAAGAAGAGCAUAAUAUUGUCAUUGGUAAGUGCUUUAGGCAUGGACAAAGGGGUUGCAUUGUCUACAAAGGAUUGGAUACUAAUUCCGGCAAUCUUGUUGCUGUUGUUAAAUGGGUUUUCCCUUUAUGCAGUAGCAAUUUAACUGAUAAGAGGGAAAAUUUGAAGAUGUAUAAAGCUAAUUAUUUGAGACAAAUUACGGCUAUUGAGCAAGAAUCCAAAAACCUGAGACUUAUGAAAUUUAAUAAUUUAGUACAUUAUUUAGGAAUGCAGCACACCUUAAAAAAGGAUAAAAUUAUUGUUUAUGUCCUUCAAGAGUUGGUGUGUGGCAUUAACUUGCAACAAAUCUUGCAGAAUAUACCCGUAACUAUAUCUUGCUUGCAACUUUAUGCAAGAAAAAUUCUUGAGGCUUUACAGUGCUUGCACAAAAAUGGAAUUGUGCAUCAAAAUUUACGAUUAUCUAGUGUUUUCAUUGAUAGUUCCGGAUCUGUGAAAUUAGCCGAUUACUGUUUAGACAAAAAACUGGAAGCCUUAUCAGGAACGCUGUCUAAAGAUGUUGUUAAUGACUGCCUCUCUUCAAGUCCCAAAUAUAACUCAAAAGAUGAUAUAUAUAAUUUUGGAAUUUUACUUCUAACUUUAUUUAUUGGACACUUAAAGAACGAGUAUCCAAUUAUUAUUCCAGAUAAUGUAAACCUAGUAUUGAAAGAGUUCCUUAACAAAUGUUUUAUCAGUGAUGAGAAAGUGAGGUGGUCAGCUGAGCAAUUACUCUCACACCCAUUUCUUUCCAAUCCCGCUAGCAAUAUAGAUUUAUUUAGAGAUAAAGUAGAUAAUGAAAAUAAACCUGAUUGUCUAGAAAAUUCUUUAAGACCUUAUUCAAAUCACUCUAGGCUGACUACUGAAUUCGAUAUUUUAAAAAGUCUAGGAAAAGGAGGUUUUGGCCAUGUUUGGAAGGUGCAAAAUAAACUGGAUUCCAGGGUGUAUGCGUUGAAAAGAAUACCUCUUGACCCUAACAACAAGCAACUGAAUUAUAAAAUUAAACGCGAAGUUACAUUGCUUUCAAGAUUAAGCCACGAGAAUAUUGUCAGAUAUUACAAUUCUUGGAUUGAAACUACACCUGAUGUGCAAUGUUUGCAGAACAAUGCAAUUUCAGUGUCAAAGAAAUGCGAAACAAAAAGUAAACAGAGCUUUAGUCAGUCUUAUUCUUCUGUAUGUUGGGACAUACAUGACAGCCAGCUUUCAUCUGAUGAGGAGGAUUUUGAUAACAACAAUGAUUCUGUCAUAUUUUUGAAUGAAAAGGAAUGUGGAGAAAAAAGUUUAAAUAUAUCACACACAAAACGUAUUACUACGAACGUUCAAUCAAUAGUUUCAAAUAAAGAUUCAUCAAUUAGGAUGAGACAUUACAUGUAUAUCCAAAUGGAAUUCUGUGAGAAUAGCACUUUGCGGACAGCAAUUGAUACUAGCUUGUACAGAGACAUCCCACGUUUAUGGCGUCUCUUUAAGGAAAUUGUAGAAGGUUUACACUAUAUUCACCAACAAGGAAUUAUCCAUAGAGACUUAAAACCCGUGAACAUUUUCUUAGAUUCAAAUGAUCGUGUCAAAAUUGGAGAUUUUGGUCUUGCUACAGACAUCAUUUCCAAAGCUGUAGGCUCAGAAAUCUCUUUGAAUGAAUUAAAAUACGAAUCUUGUUCAAGUACUUAUGUUUCUCACACUGGUGGGGUUGGAACUGCAUUUUAUGUUGCACCUGAACUUGCAUGUUCCGAUAAAGUUCCAUAUGAUCAAAAAGUAGAUAUUUACAGCUUGGGCAUCAUACUCUUCGAGAUGUGCUUCCCACCGCCAGUGACGUUUAUGGAACGAAGUAUAAUUUUGACUGAUUUAAGAAAGAGAGAUAUCAUUCUUCCUGAUACAGCUUAUGAGCUGUUAAGUGACGACAUGAUUCAUCUCCUUAUAUGGCUUCUACAGCAUGAUGUUACAAAAAGGCCUACUUCAGAGGAAUUAAUAACGUCCAAAUACAUAUCAACAUUGACAAUGGCUAAAAGUGAUAGCAUCAUUCUUUAUUCUUCUUUUAUAGCCAUUACAUCGGAAAUAAAUGAAGAACCACAUGAAACGUAGCUGAAAUUUAAAAAUAACAAUUUAGUCUGUGAUAGUGUAAUACAUUCAUGAGUUUAUUUCGUUUAACUAUACUAUACUACUUGUAGUUGUGAUGUCACACUGACAAAUUUGCAGGCUUCCCAUAAGGUAGGAAGAAAUUGACAACUUGUAAUUUGUCAGUGGAUAUUGAGUUAUUCUAAUCUUAGGAAGUCUCAUGACGCCUAAAUUAAUCUCCGUUUACUCAGUUUUUACCCUUUUGUUCCUAUUUUUCAUAUUUUGGUCCUCCUAGUUGAAUUUUUUAAAUUAUUUUUAGUUUUAAUUUUUCAUCUUUUUUUUUCUAUUGGAAGUAUCGAAACGAGAUAUCUUUCCCCAUAAAUCUAAAUAAUCUUAAGUGAAAAUUGCAAAGUUAUAUUCUUCUGCCAUUUUAAAACAUGUAAAUUCGCUUCAAAGAGGAUUGCUAUUCUAUUAUAUUUCAAUGUGUUUUUUAUAUUGUUUAAUUGUAAUUUAAAAUAAAAAUUUAUGGUUUUUACAAAAAAUGUUCUAACUAUAACUGUAACAAAAAUGUACACAGUUUUUCACUUGAUUUUCAGAUCAUUGUAAUAAUUUAAUGAUAAGAUUUAAAGUCCAAUAAAUAUUUUUUAUUGAAACUAAUAAAA